CUUUUUCAUGUACCUGGGAAUAAUACCCCUUUUGUCCACUGUUUUUCUAGCCACAGUACGGCACGGGCAUAUGUGCAGAGUGCAUAUGUAUGUGAGCCGUGAAUAAAAUUGAUGGUCGACCGUUUCCGGCGACAAUCCUUUAUUUUCUUUCCCUGGGCUCGCCAGUCACUCUUUUCUUUCCAAAGUACUGACCGCACCGCGACUUGAGUUGAUCGUUGCUCCACACUCGUUUGACCAACAUGCAUUGCAACAUUGCAAGCUAUGCCGCCUUGGCAGCUUCCCUGGUGAAGCUCGCCCAUGCGGUUGAUAGUGUGACCGUGUCGGACACCAUCGCCGCCGGAUCAAGCUUUCAACUGAACGCCACCGACAUCGACAGCACAGACAAGUAUCGUGUAUACCUGGCGGCUGCCCUCGGAGGCGACACUGGACCGACCUGCUGGCUCUCCAACUCCACCUCGCUCUCUUCAAGCAGCAACUUCACCAUCCCGCCGGAAGUGGGCCCCGAGGCAAGCUAUUACUCCAUCGGAGUGAGCGACGUCGCCAGCGACAGCGACGCAGACGACAUAGUCUACAGCAACAGAUUCACCUUCACCGGCGGGACCGGCAACUACUCCCAGUACGAGACGCACCUCAACGGAAACCCCUUCUGGGACGCCGACUCCCUGCCUUGUACCGCGUACGCAUGCGCCAGGAAGUGCGCGGAUGCGAGCUAUCCGGAUGACCUGUCCGACCCGACCGCGUAUGGCACCAUGAGGAAGUGCAUCCAGGACUGCCCUGGCGUGUCCGAGACAUCGCAGACGGCGCCGGCUGCUCCCACUUCUGCUUCGACGGGUUCCGACACGGCAAUUGGUGCCUCUGCCACCGAGAUGGCCGACAGCGAUGAGAAUGGAGCCCCUGUGGCGGCUGCGCAGCAGAUCAUGAUCGUUGGAAUGGCCAGCGCUGCUAGCUUUGCUAUUCUGUUCUUGUAAGAGUACUUACACGUCACUGGUCGGUGCCGCAGCUGUUGGGCUGUGCAAAGCAGAAGAACGCACAGAGCAUCUCUGCUUUCAGUUAAGAGCAUUGUGUGUACAUAGUAUCAUGAUAGAUUCAUACAUGUCCCAUCCAUAGCAGUGGUAUCCUUACGAAUUGCACAAUUAGUAGUAGCAUUGGUAUAAUCAUCGGGUACAUAGGGAAGGGCAGAGAAGAUAAACAUUUGUAAUGUCUGAGUAUGAGUACAUUUGUAUGAUAUUUAAUACACCAAGUUUCCCCCAGCUCGACUUGAAC